CUCGCGGCAACUACUACUCCUGCGCGCUAGGCCGUUCCGCCUCCACAGCCGCGCUGCGAUGGUCGAGUCCAGGCUCACCUUGUGAGCCAGUACCUCACCUCGCCACACCACCAGGACAGGAGAGCUGUCCGAGUGCCUGAGGCUCCAUGGACACGUCGCAGGACAUGGCUGCCUCGCCGCAGGACCUGCGCCAGUUCCCCGAGGACACGGAGGGUCGCCGGUCGCACACUGUGUACGUGGGGGUGCACCUGCCGGGCCCGCCGCGGCGGCGCCACAAGUGCCAGCAGGGCCAGGGAGGGGACAGCGGCAGCGACGACGACGGCGACGAUGAAGAGGAACCCCCGAGGAAGCUCAUAGUGGGUCGACGAGGCCGACUCGCUAGCAUCACCGACGAUGUCACGCCGCCGGCGCAGCGCGUGCAGUUCAUCCUGGGCGAGGACGCGGAAGGCGGUGCGCACACGUCUCACCCGCUCUUCAGCGAGAUGGAGGAACUGGUGCAGAAGGGCGACGACAUGGAGUGGAAGGAGACGGCCCGGUGGGUGAAGUUCGAGGAGGACGUGGAGGAGGGAGGCAACCGCUGGUCCAAGCCACACGUGGCCACGCUGUCGCUGCACUCGCUGCUCGAGCUGCGCAGCCUGCUGCUCAACGGGGCCGUGAUGCUGGACCUGGAGGCCGCAUCCCUGGAGCAAGUGGCCGACCUGGUGCUGGAGCACAUGGUGACCGCCAGCAUGGUGGCCUCCGAGCUGCGCGACAAGGUGAAGGAGGCCUUGCUGCGCCGCCACAGACACCAGCACGAGCGACGCAAGGAGAAUAGCUCUCACAACAUGUCUCGCCUGCCCAUCAUCCGCUCCCUGGCCGAGAUAGGUCGCAACUACUCCUCUUCCAAGAUGGACGAGUCACCCCCCUCGGCGCCUCUGCAGGCGUCUACGCCCGUCACCCACAAGUCGGCGUCAGACUUUGGUCGUUUCCUUUCCGUGCCUGGACCUGGGAGCUCCGUGGCCCAGCAGCCACCAGACCACGGGAACAUCCAGCACAGCCACAGUUCGUCCUCCAUCACACACAACCAGAGCGCCAGCCACUUGGGCGACGUCAGCGGCGAUGCUAGUCCGCCCAAGGGCAACAUGCACUUCAUGAGGAAACUCCCUGCUGGGGCAGAAGCGUCAAACAUACUCGUCGGGGAAGUGGACUUCUUGGACAAGACACUGUCCGCCUUCAUCAGACUGAGCCAGGCCAACUUCUUGGGGGAUCUGACGGAGGUUCCGGUGCCGACUCGCUUCCUGUUCAUACUGCUGGGCCCCCGAGGAGGCAUCGGCCGCUACCACGAGAUCGGGCGCGCCAUGGCGACGCUCAUGUCCGACGAGGUGUUCCACGACGUGGCCUACAAGGCGCGCAACAGGAACCACCUGCUGGCGGCCAUGGACGAGUUCCUGGACGUGGUGACGGUGCUGCCUCCUGGCGAGUGGGACCCCGCCAUCCGCAUAGAGCCGCCGGCGGACAUCCCCUCGCAGGACCAGAGGAAGCGGCCCCCGGAGAAGGAGGAGCAGGCGGAGGAAGAGGACGAGCAGAAGAUUCGCGAGGAGUCAGGCCUCGUGCGGUCCGGCCGGCUGUUCGGGGGCCUCGUCAACGACAUCAAGAGGAAGGUCCCGUGGUACUGGUCGGACUUCAAGGACGCGCUGGCCCUGCAGUGCGUGGCCUCGUGGAUCUUCCUGUACUUCGCCUGCCUGUCGCCCAUCAUCACGUUCGGCGGCCUGCUGGGCCAGGCCACGGGCAACAACAUCGCCGCCAUGGAGUCCCUGCUGUCAGGCUUCGUGUCCGGCCUGGGCUACGGCUUCUUCUCGGGCCAGCCGCUCACCAUCCUGGGCUCGACGGGGCCCGUGCUGGUCUUCGAGUCCAUCAUGUACGAGUUCUGCCAGCAGCGCGACUGGGAGUACUUGUCGUUCCGGCUGUGGAUCGGCGUGUGGAUCGGGAUCAUCCUGCUGAUCCUGGUGGCCGUUGACGCCAGCGCCUUCGUCUGCUACAUCACCCGCUUCACCGAGGAGAACUUCGCCACGCUCAUCGCUCUCAUCUUCAUCUACAAGGCUGUGGAGAACGUGCUGCACAUAGGCAGAGACUACCCCGUGGACACGGGCAGUGCGGUGGAGUGCUACUGCGUCCCUGGCGGCGACGAGUCACCUCGCAACAUCUCGUGGUUCACUCUGUCCGACGAGGAGUGCCAGCAACACAACGGCACCAUGUUCGGCCGCGGCUGCUCCGGCAAGUACUACAUCCCUGACGUGUUCCUCAUGUCCAUCAUCCUGUUCUUCGGCACCUUCCUCAUCUCCGUGCAGCUCAAGGACUUCAAGAACGCCCUCUUCUUCCCGUCCAAGGUUCGACAAAUAGUGAGCGAUUUCGCUGUCAUCAUUGCGAUAUUGUCCAUGUCGGGCUUGGAUUCCUGUGUUGGAAUCAACACUCCAAAAUUACGGGUGCCGGCCGAGUUCAAGCCCACGCUGAGCACCCGCGGCUGGGUCAUCGAGCCGUUCGGCCGCAACCCGUACUGGACGGCGGUGGUGGCCGUGGCGCCCGCUCUGCUCGGCACCAUCCUCAUCUUCAUGGACCAGCAGAUCACCGCCGUCAUCAUCAACCGCAAGGAGCACAAGCUGAAGAAGGGCUGCGGCUACCACCUGGACCUGUUCGUGCUGGCCAACCUGAUCAUCGUGUGCUCCAUCAUGGGCCUGCCGUGGUUCGUGGCGGCCACCGUGCUCUCCAUCAACCACGUCAACUCCCUCAAGGUGGAGUCCGAGUGCGCAGCUCCGGGAGAGAAGCCCCACUUCCUGGGAGUCAGGGAGCAGAGGGCCACGCACAUCCUCAUCUUCGUGAUGAUGGGGUUGUCCGUGUUCAUCACCCCGCUGCUGGGCCACAUCCCCAUGCCCGUGCUGUACGGGGUGUUCCUGUACAUGGGCGCCUCCUCCCUCAAGGGCCUGCAGUUCUUUGACCGGAUCCUGCUGUUCUUCAUGCCCGUCAAGUACCAGCCCGACUACAUGUACCUGAGGAAGGUGCCACUGAAGCGCGUGCACAUCUUCACUCUGAUUCAGUUGGCAUGUCUAAUAGUGUUGUGGGUCAUCAAGUCAUUCAGCUCCACGUCUAUUCUCUUCCCACUGAUGCUGGUCGUGAUGAUUGGCAUCAGAAAGUCUCUUGACUUCAUAUUCACGCAAAGGGAGCUAAAAAUACUGGAUGACGUGAUGCCCGAAACUAUCCGGCGAUCCAACGAAGACGAAAUGAAAAAGCUUCAUUCUGAAGAGGAUGGCAAGGCGACUGACUUUGGUCCAGGUGCGAACUUGCAGAUCCCUCUUGCCAACGGCAACGUCGUGAAGAUCCCGUACACCUCCAUCAACAUCACAGAGGAAGUCAACAAGACUGGACUGUGGAAACAUGUCAACGAGAACACAAUGGGGAACAAAGAGGACAAGAAGAAAUCUAAAAAUGGGCUGAGGUCGAAGAGGCGCGGCAGCAAGAAGGACGCCGUGCUGGAGGACGAGAUGAAGCGGCUGUCGACGAUGGCGGAGGAAGAGGAGGCGGCCGGCGCGACGGCCAAGAGUCAGAGGAUAGUGUGGGCAGGUGAGAGUAAGCGGGGGAACGGUGUUAGUGGCGCGGAGACGGAACUGUAGGCUCGCACGAGACUCGUCUCUGCGCUUGCGUUGCGCAAGACCUCGGAGGUAUGUGGCGUCGGCAUGCCGCUCCAACGGCCGUUAGAGGUCACCGCUGGCGUUGUGCCGCGCCAUCCGUUCGUUUGUCUCUCUCACCGCAGUUUUUUGCCAGCGCUCUCUCUCACCCGUUGUAUGUGUGUGUUGUGCACGUGCUACGGUAGCUUGCGCUGUAUGUUCACGCCUGUUUAUUUUUUGGAAUUACUACUUCUGUGACGGGAUACGUAACUCUUGGCAUAUCAUUUUCUUGUUUUGGCUGGUAGAAAACCUGAAGAAAAAAAAACUGCUGAAUAUUUUAUUGAGAAGCUUAAAAAAAAUUAACGAACGUGUGAACAAACACAGAGUAGGUAUAAGACUGUUGAUCAAUUAGUUGUGAGUGUUUCAUAGUGUUUUACUGAUACUGCAUGUGUUCCAAUCAUAACAGGCAUUAUUCACUUUUUGGAAUGUCUCAAUUUGUAAUUUUGUAAAAACUUAUCGCAGUUAUUAAAUUUAUACAAAUUGUCUGUAAAUAUCAAAGCUACUCUUGGGAAUUUGAAUUGUCAACCAUAUCAGCAUAUUUUGAAUUAGGGACCCACCUCGUCAGGGGUGUAUCUGUGUCGGCGAGGCGGGUUGAUGGUGCUUCUAGCGCGGUGUCUCCUCUGGACUGGCGCGCAGUCUUCUCGUCGUCACAUUAUAACUGAGAUCUGAGCGGUGAACGUAACAUAUGGUGGAGAAUUGGAAGAUAAAGGUGUAAUCCAAGUCCCUUGAAUGUGUACCGGGUGUUUCAUGUCUAAUAAUUAUUCUGAUAUCAGGGGUUUUAGACAUUUUCACUUUUCUAAAAAUACAUUUUAAAAACAAAAUAUGGAAACAAAACAUUUAUGUACUUAUCCGCCUGGAGCACAUUCUUGAAUGCUUUUCGUAAACAGACAAAACACUGAUAUCUUGGGCAGUUUUUGAAUUGCAUGGUUUUUUCUGAAGCUCUGCACACUCCGUAUCUGUGCGACAACACAUGUAUCGAGGACCCAGCUUCGGCAGUCCUGCCAACAUCGACAAGUGAUUGUAACAUUGUGCAGUUUGCAUUGUUAAUGGUUCAAUGUGAUGUUGGUAUAUGUCCCUAGAGAUAUGUUAUAACUCAUAUCAGUGGAUGAUGAUUUAGGAGCUUGGAUGUAGACAUCGACAUAACUGUACAAAAAUGAAACCAUCCGGAAAGUGUUUUCCUCAAGUUCAUGAAGUUUUGCUGGGUCUGAGAUAACGCACGAUAGAAAAGAACUCAAGAUGAUAAUCCCUAAGUGUAGAUGUGAAAAACAAAAUUAGUCAGAAGUGAGUAAGAAUACACUUGAGUGUACAGUUUUCUCAUUGUGUGCACAUUUUGUUAAUCAUAAUGGAGUGCGUGAAAGUUACCUCAACUCCUUGCCUUGGCAGUCGGGCAUUGGUAGCCAGAUGUCGUCUUGUUUUCUACACUGCACAAUCUGUCCUCGUGGCUAACCCACUAGAAAACUCGGUCACUUGAAGAGUUUGGUUCUGAGAAGAAUAACGUUUCCAUCUGUGCUUCAAUGCUUUGUACCUUUGGCAGUUAAGUUAAAUAAAUCUUGCAGUGCUGGUUCAACACACACUGGCGUGACACCGUCAUUUUUAUUAUCGUUUGGUACUUUUUUAUGUAUUUGAAAUUUGGUAAUGAUUGUCUUUUAAAGCUCAUACAUCACCUUCUUCGAAUAAAUUAAAAAGCUUAAUGAGUGAUAGUGAUGUUUCAGUUGUACUUUUAUCCCUAUUGUCAGUUUGGUUCAGGUUCUUAAAAAAAUUUUCUCGGUUCUCGGUUAACAUCUACAAAAUUUCCUUUCAAAAAAUAUAUAGUAAUGUUCAAAAUUACUUAUCAGCACUCCCCAUUUCUGUAAAAUUAUUUCAAGAAAGUUCCCCCUCACGUAGGUAGAGCGAAUGCUUUACGUCUCGUUAUAGUGCUAGAGCAGCAUAUUACCUACAGCCUGUGGCACAGCAACAUCUAUUAAAAUGUGUUAGGGGGAGCGCAAGGGUCCGAUCCUGUUUUCCCAGUGCGGCCAACAACUACAGUACACUUUACCAGAAUUAUGGCAAACUGUGGUGCAAAUUAUUGUAUGCAACUGAUUUACAAAGUGUUAAACUUUUCUUUAAAAAAAAAAAUGUGAGCUAGUCUUUUAAGUACUGGCCAGUGAUGUGUUGAACAUUUAACCUCGGUAACAAGCAAAAUUCGUGUGUUCUCGUGUUGUUCAUGUUGCAUGUGAACUUAUAAUACCAAAUUCUGACAUGAAAAUCAACAUAUGAUUCUUUAAAAUAAUACUGAGCGUGAUAAAUACACCGAUAUAAAAUAUCUGCUUUUCAAAUGCCAAAAUUUCUGGAAGCGAAUCUCGCACGUAUUUUAUCCACCCGCCGCUAAAAUUUGUUACCCCAGCUUUUGGACCUGAUUUUCGACAAGAAAGUUUAUUUAAAGAACCACCCAUCAUGUUGAAAUUCACUAAACAGCAUAAAGUUUCCGCAAACUUUAGAAGUUAUAUGUCUAUGUUAUUACUAAAAUAGAACCUGAAACAUUUUACACAUAUUAUAACACUAAGUAUAUGUUUGUUUGUUUGUUUAUUUUUGCUUAAAUGACUGAAAUGAGUCUUUAAAUACUUUGUACAAAAAAAACCUGAACCUUAUUGAGUUGAUUCACUAUUAUUACAUUGUAUUAUAUCACUAUGUUACUAAGAAAAUUAAAAAAAAAAAAUCCAGGAAUAGGAUUGAACUACGUCAAAAAUUUUCCCUGAGCAUUACAAGCAUGCUAUCUACCGAUGUACUUCAAGCCUGUUGAGGUUUUGCAAGGAAAACAUGUAUUAUAUUAAUUGUAAUGCCAGUUUUUCUUACAUAUUUUAAAACUUGCAAUUGCUUUUUACUAUGACUACCUUAGUUUUCCAAGUAUAGGUAUUCCAUGGUAGUUUCACUAUCAUAAAGUUUGCUGUGUCCCCUAAUGUUUACUAAAGCGACUGACUAUGUACAGGUUUACAUUGCCACACGUGGGUCAACCAUCUUGACACUUCGGCACCGUGGCUACACAUUUCCAUUCCGUUCACAAAAUAAUUACUCCUACCAAAUGCGGCAUACUUAAGGACACCUGUAUUUCGCGAAAUCAUUUCAUGUCAAGGUAUUUCACAAAACACUUUAGCUUUUUCUAAGAGUUGUGGCAAACUGUGAGGAUGCAGCAGUACGGUGACCACAUUCCCAUUGGCCCCGUCAAGAGCGGGACGACACCUCUCACCAACCUCAGCCAAUAACCACAGGAGAACAGCUCCAGUAUUUUGUGAAAUACCUUGACACUAAAUGUAUUCGCGAAAUACAGGUUUCCCUAUGCAUACUGAGAACUAAGAUGUUAACAAAUCAAUAAUUUAAAUCUUUAAGAAAUUUUUAUUGGUUAAACUGUUGUUAUUUAGCUACUAACUUACAUUGUAGUCGCAUGAUCUUGAAAGACCUCAGUUGUGUUGAAUAUACCUCUAUAAUUGUUCAAUGACAAUUAUUUUUAUUACUGUUGAUGCUGAAAAACAAAAGUUUACGUAAAAUUUGACUCUUUGGUUUGAAGGGAUGUUAGAAAGACGUGCAGGUAUGCAUUUGCAAGAAGGUUAUAAUUUAUGUCUACUUACAGAGAGUUUUUACCGAAUUUUUGCCGAUUAUUUUUACUGUUCUCGGUGCCGGGAAUGUCAUGUUGCUAAUAGUGAACAGCACAGUAAAAAUAAAUUUGAACUUUGCCUGGUGUUAGUGAACUGCAUGCAUAGAAUUGCAUUUUUUUUUUCUUUAAAAAGUAAGAAGCACAGAAUGAAACUUGCAUUUUACCUGAACUGAUAAUGGGAAACAAAUACCUCCCCGUAGGAAAGACUGGUUCUAACCUCUUAGCUGCGGUUUUUGAUCUGCAGGAAUUCGGAGGAUGAGCUAAGUAAGGUAGUAUAGCGAAAAGCAAGUCAUUUUUCGGCAGUCAGUCUCAGGGGGCUAGACCGUGUGUUGAGGAAACAUUUGCAAGUUCCGCUUUGAUUGUCUAACAAACUACCAAAUUUACUCCUACUGUAAGACACGCCUUUCUUUUUUGUUGGUUUUGCACGUGGAAAUUUACAGUUUUGUCCUCCAAUUUUCUAAUUUUCUGAGUUUAAGCAUCUCCUUUUUUUGUGACUAUCGAACUCACAAAAUAGUUUGCCUACAAAUGCAGAAGCUAAAGUAUAGAUAAGUAAGUUUAUUUAGUGAGGCACUAAUAAAGAAUGAUCAUGUUGUACUGACGUCGUCCGGCGGACGACCACCCCAGAGCCCGACCUGCACCCGCCAGUAUACGCUCCCGCUAACGGAACACACCCCUGGCCAUGGCCCACCCGAGUCAGGCGAGCCGAACAGCGAUUAAAGGCAAACCCGCGAAAACCUGAGUAGACAAGAGAAGAACCGUACCCAUUCCUCCUGGAACAUUAAAUUAGGAUUUUAGCGACAAUAAAGUCUCUUCCAGACACACCCAUUUAGAGUCUAGCGUAAUGAGGUCAAACCUGGCGCAAGAGAGGCCGAGCCUCCCUCGGACGCCAUGCCAAUUCGGCAGUUCAUCAUGGCUCGCGGACCGGGGCGGACCUACGUCCCACGGAGAGGCAACAACCUUUGUCUUCAUCGAAAGUAACGUCCGGUAAAUAUAGUUACUAAUUAACAGAACCCCUUUUUUUACUUAAACUCUCCGUGAGUACCCGGUCCCCCUUUUCGGUCCAGGACCUAAUCCGACCGCAUCAGUUUAAAGACACCCCGCACCACACUUGGUCAGCGGGGUUGAUCUUCAGUAUACGGCACGGGCCGCCUCCCGCAACGCACAGAACUUUACUUAAGGUCACGCGCACGGCGCUGACCACAAACCCGCAAGGGAGCUUGGACAAACUUAAUUGCGGUGCGUGUUUCACCACAGUGGGCACAACACCCGCGCAGAGACAUUCGUAUACGGGAUUGGCCGUCUCCAACCGCCCACCCCUUAAUUCAGUGUAUUUUUGUGUCCCGUAUUUUGUAUUACUAACUUACGUUACCCGAGUAACGAGUGCCACGUAACUUGUGCGCGCCCCCUUAAUUCAGUGUAUUUUUGUGUCCCGUAUUUUGUAUUACUAACUUACGUUACCCGAGUAACGAGUGCCACGUAACUUGUGCGCACCCCCUUAAUUCAGUGUACUUUUGUGUCCCGCCUUUGUGUUACGAAAUUACGUUACCCGCGUAACCAGUGAGACGUAUGAGACGUAACAGCGUCCGAGGCCCACGUAACGCGGAACACAAACAAUACGGCGCCACGGAAUAACGAGUAAACCCCCCCCCCCCCCCCCCCCCCCGGGACCUCUGUAGAGUGUUGUAUUGUGUACGACUCACUCCUAUGAAUAAAAGGUACGACACCACCACCUCAACUCCACGUCUCUUAUUUAAAAAUCAUCUCACGCAACACCGCCGCCGGCCCUAGUGGGCCACGCAGGGGCACAUACAUCCACGACCCCAAACUCACGACUAGAGCCGAGCUAGUCUGGCGCCCACCCGGACAACACAGAUCAAGAACCGCCUUUUCCCACUAGGAGCCACACCGGGACUCGAGCCCGAGACCCCGGACGACGGCAAUGCAUAAGACUAGGUACCGUUCCAUUUUGCUAAGCACCUAACUCAAAUGAGGGUAAGUUUAACUUUACAUGUCAACAUUUAAGCCACCAAAUAAGGAAAAUCAUGUUUAAUCAUGCAGUCUUAUAUUUUUUUUUUAAAGCAAAACUAAGGAUAAAACAGAGGAGUGUGUCUUAUAAUCGAUGGUGUCUUAAAAUCAAGUAAAUACUGUUUUUUUUAACCAUUUUAAAACUGUGUCCUGUAGACCACGACUACUUUCAGAGUUUUCAUCAACUCCACAGGGUUAUGAUACUGUAGGUUUUCUGAGCCCAAUGUACGUUGUUGCCUCUGUACAUAUCACGUGGCAAUUCCAAUCCAAUGUGUCUCUUUGUCUUGCUCGUUUGUUUGUGUGCCGACACUGGGUGUUGUCUGCGGUCGUUUCUUUAUUUUGACCGGUUUUCUUUGCACUCGCAGCAUGAGAAAGAUAAAACUUGGCUGAGGUAAAGUGCUGAUUGCGGUUACUAAGCGAACAUUUAGAGGCAGAUUGUUUAUGGCAUGUAAAAUUUUUUUGGCACACUGCUUAUCUAGCUGAAGAGGUAGUGUUUUUAUUCUGUGCACAAAAUUUUUACCUACCAAAAAUACCGUAGUUUUGGAAUUUUGAGUGUUUUCCUUUACACAUGCGUAGUUUCUGAAGCAACAACUGUUGGUGUUUGUUCAGUGGGGGGGAAGUCACGGUUACUGUUGUGUUUCUGUUCCUAGUUUGAUGUUUGUUGUGUCCGUUGCAGAAUUGUGUUUUAGACUGUACAGACGAGUAUAGCAGUAUAGGUGGUCUCAGGCAAGAACCAAUAUUGUAAGUGUGAAACAAAUAUGACGUGUGGUGUUUAUUUAUUUGAAUCGUGAGUUGUCUUAGUUCCUAAAAGCGUUACCACAUGUUCUUUAACAGAGUAAAAAGUGAGUCGUUUAGAUUUACGACAGAUCUACCAGAGAAUCUUUUAGGAACAAGAAAACUUGUUGGAUGUGUCUCACCUUCAGACGUGUGCACUGUAAAAAUGUUUGUGCUGUGUAGCUAGCAGUUAUGGGCUGACCGAUUUACGAAGUGUUAUUUAUACCUUACUUAUAAAAUUUCAAUCUUUAAUGAAAUUUUCAAUGGUUAAACUAUUGUUGUUCUUUAUGCUGUUAAAUUGCAUUAUAGUCAUGAGCUUCAAGAACUCUUGUUGUGUUGAAUAUUCCUCUAUAAUUGUUCAUUGACAAAGUGUUUAUUGCUGUUGUUUCCUUAAAAACUGAAGUUUAUGUAAAAUACUAAAUAUGUAGUAAUUAAUUUUUAAAUAUUCAUUUUAUUACCUUGUAUGUGUGGACUUUCCUUUUGUUGCCCGUCCCAGUUGUCUGGAUAAAUUUUCUUGUGUCAGUGUUUGUUGGUUGGUUAAUUUUAAUAUGUCGGGGAAAAUGUUCUGUAAAACCAAGGAAAAAUUAAGGUGUGCAGUGUCAUUAUAAAUUUGGUAAUACUUGGUCGAGUUUUAAGUAAAAAUGAGAUUGUAAUUAUUAUAUUCAAUGUAAACAAAAUUGUGUGUUUUUUAAACAUAUCAAACAGUAAUUUAUUUGAACCAUGCAAUAAAACAUUGUAUUGUGUCUCUUUGUAGUAAACUGUUAAAAAUUUAAAAGUCAAUCGUAACUCAAUGUGAUUUUGGUUUUUACAUUGUACCUGGAUAAAUAUUUAGCAAGGAAAAAAAAAUCAUUUUUAAAUUUUUGAAUAUUUUUUUGUUGUGAGUAUCCAAAAGGAAAAUUAAUUGACAAUGAAAAUGUGUACUUGAAAACAAUUUUUUCUGCACAGGUAGCCUAAAAUUUUCCAUAGCACAUAAAAUUUACAGCAACCUUUUAACUACUCAAACUGGGAUUUAAUGCCAAAAAAAAAAGGUUUGCAAUAUUUCAAGUAGUAACACUUAGAAGAUAGUGUGUGUACGUGUGGCUCCCAAAGACAACACAUCUGUUCUGCAUGGAGCAUCAUCCAACAUAACAUUAAUUAUUUUUGAAGUUUUGUGGCGAUAGCGAAGCACUAUACUUAUGUUCGGAAUUUAAAUUUAUGUUCCCCGUUGUGGAUAGCUAGUCAGACUAGCACAUGACUGCUGACAUUUACAUUGACUUCUAGGUAUGCCUUCGGGUAUUUUUUUCUGCGAUUUUCCUGUCUGGCAUUAGUUAGGUAUGUUGACUCACCUUAGGAAAUGCUGCAACGUCCGUGCGAGUUCGAAUUGUGGGUCUGACAAAACGUUUUGUCCGACAAACCGACUCGUACAAGUUGUAAAUCAACCCAAAGCACACAACUGCCGGAACAGCGUCCAGGAGUCUUUUUCUCUCUUCACGGUGGUCGGUGUUCGGUUUUCAACUCUGCAGUUAAUGGAACAUAAGACACGCACGAUGCCGCUGUUAACGUUUUUUUGCUCGCAGAUUCCGACUGUAUUAAAAAAAUUUUACCAGGAAUGGGAAAUACCAAUUCCUUCCAGGAACUCGCUGCUAAAUGUUCCUUACCGUUUUUUUUACCUGUUGACUGUAAAACAUUUUCCGAGCUGGAUGCGAAGAUGAGUUAGAUGCGGACACCGCCAGUGGUCGCGUUGCAGGGCGUAAGGGCGUAACUGCUGCGAGGGAGAUUCACAGUCGUGUCUGGAAACUGGACGAUGGGUCGAACCACAAUUUUCUCGAAUUUGAAUCGCAGAGAGUACCUCUGAAAAAUCUAUGUGUCAAGGGUUGAAAAUAAAAUAAUGUACAAUAAAUUAAAAAUAUUAACUAUAAUUUACAUUUUAAAAGUACGUACUUUCCAUGAAUGAGUUUUUUUUUAUGAAUAACUUUAUCUAACAAAAAAAAUUUUUUCCGCAUAAUCGUCACACUCCCUACUUUUCAAACUUGAUUUUAGAAUAAAAUGUGCGACGAUUAUGCGAGAAAACACGGUAUGUUAAUGUGUCUGUUCAGUUUCAGGGUAGUGCAGUUGCAAUGCCUGAGGGAGACAAGGAUAGUUGUAGAGGGUGUGAAGGGGGGGGGGGGGAACAAUAAAGGAAAACAGUUAACUGCUACUGCCUGGGAACAGUGGCGAUCCACGAUAGGGUUUGAAAAUAAUUAUCGACAGUCCUGAGACAGUGGCGAUAGCAGCGUGCGAGGUUCACGCAAAUCUGGCUUGAAAGUUACCAAGUUUACCGUGCAGCGAAGUAAGGAAAAUUGUUCAUGCAGAUGUUAAACGCCGUCAAAAUUUGUUUAGAUUGAAUAACUGAGGUCCAAUGAAGAUGUAAGGCAGAUGAAUAAGCCAUGCAUGCACGUUUUUUGUACAAGUCUAGCAUUUGACCGCUUAGGUAGUAGCAACUUGUGAAUGCCCAUUGUCUGACAAUACCUAUUGCCUUCAUGACAGAAAUCGCUGGUAACAGAAACUGUAACUUGGAAACAAGUGCUUCUACAUUCUUCCCAAUUAUCACCCCACAGAACAUUGAAAUUGACACGAAUAUUGACGUCAAAAAGAUUAGUAACAUGGCCAGAGUGUCUCAUUCAACUAGGAACAACUUUGCCGUUCAUUAAUUUUUUUUUGCCAAAAUUAUUGAGGUUGGUCAACUAUUAAAAAUUUAAUAUUGUAAAAAUCCAAAUGUUUUAGAAAGAAUAAACUUCCAAGAUAAAUUUCUUCAUUGUUCAGUUUACAAUACAGUUAAGUAAAACGUAUGAUACGAAAGGAAACUAUAGUUAUCAGCUAACUACACGUAACACCAUUUCGGAAAACGUUAGCUCUUGCAGAACAUAUUUAAUGUUGUAAAUAAGUCCUUCCAGCUUGCACACACAAUUGUGUUGUCAAGUGUCAGUAAAUUUGGCCAAAGUAGCGAGUGUUGGAUUCGGAAAACAACCCGUAGCAUUUGUAUCAAAAAUUAUAAUUCAACACAGGUUCCAUAUUUAUUUGAUGUAGUGUAAUCAAAUUUUACCUGUCGAUUGGACACGAAUUUUAUAACUGUUAAUUAAAAAUGUUCUCAUGACUAAAUGUGAUAUUUUUACCAUAGUGAAGUGUUUGUACAUAAGUUAUAUAAAAAAAAUUGAUAUGUUAAAGGUUGUAAUGUUUUUAGAAAUUUAGAAGUCUGUGAUUUCAGUCGAAAUAAAUAAAAUGUAAAUUGUUACAUCUA